AUACCUGGAGUAAUCAGCUGUUCGCGUUGUGAAACUGCAAAGUAUAAAAUACUAUAAAACAUAAUUUUUUGUUUCUUGCCGAUUCUGUAUCGUCUAUUUUAUUUCGCCUGAAAUAUCGUGUGAAUAUACAAUAAGAUUACAUUGUGUCAUGGCAACCAAGGAAGAGGAGAGAGUAAACAGUACAACUACUGAUGCAAAGAUUGAAGAGACACCAGAUAACUCAACAACGGAAGAUCCACCAGCUAGUUUAGAGACGAUCCCUGAGGGAAACGCGACACGAAAUGAACUUCAGACAGCACCAAAGGACAAGUCAAAGAUUGAUAUACUGCUGAAGGCUACUGCCAACGCUCCAAUUAUGAAACAGAAGAAAUGGUCAGUUUGUCAAGACAAUCCUAUCGGACGGAUCUCUGAAUUUAUAAAGAAGUAUCUCAAGCUGGAUCCCAACGAGAGACUGUUUCUCUAUGUUAAUCAGACAUUUGCACCUGCUCCAGAUCAGACAGUCAAAAAUUUGUACGACUGCUACGGUGCUGACGGAAAGUUGGUUAUACAUUAUUGUAAGAGUCAAGCGUGGGGUUGAGAUUUAUUAAAAUUAGCUUGCCAAUAUUAAUUUUCCCCGAUAAAAAAUAUAAGUUGACACGAACAUUGUGAUAAUUCUAGUUUUUCUAUUUA